AAACAGUCACAAAAAUUGACAUUAAAACCUGAAGACCCCACGAUCGUCUACAAAGGCGAUAAUGUUACUCUUGAGUGGCGGUAUUACUAUCCAAGUACAGGUUUUAAACUUAUUGAGGUUUUCUUCGGUAUUUGGACGAAUCCUGUUUCAGCGGCAAGCUCAAAACUUAUUGUCGUCAAUAGCAGUGGCUUUGUUCAGUUCAGAAAGGAGUACAAGGCACGAUUAAGUUGGAAAGGAAACAUGACGUCUUCAUUGGCUGUGUUUGUUCUUCACAAUGUGCGGCCUGAAGAUGGGAACAAGUAUUAUGGGAUACAUGUGGAGUUUGACUUACACUACCCACUCAUCCAUACACUAAAGCUUCAAGUAAAGGAAACAAGUAAGAGACACCACCUUUAUGAUGAUGAAAGAUCAAAAACAGAUAUGUCCCCCGAUUAGGGUAUUUCGAGUUUUCCAAAGACCAUAGUUACUUAUCAUAGUUUUUUUUUAUUUUCUCCUUUGAGCUAGUUGCUAUUCAUGCCUGGGAAUGAUACUUUUCACUUGAAUUAAAUUCCCUUACCAACUUACUCUCUCAUUUGUAUCACUGAUACCAUUGCCAGCCAAAUUCAAAUUGGUAAGGGUCUUGCUGGCUUUGAUUGCCUCAGCAAUAGAUGUAGCACUGGCAUCACCAAUGUCAUUGUAGACAAAUGUAAAUUGGUCAAGAGUCUUAGUGACUUUGAUUGCCACAGCAAUAAAUGUAGCACCGGCAUCACUAAUAUCAUCGAAAUUCAAAGUCAAUUUGGUGAAAGUCUUGUUGACUUUGAUUCCCUCCGCAAUAGAUCUAGCACUGGCAUAAGUUUUCUGAAGUGUUCCGAUCAUGAUAGUUACCAUGUUCCUAUCUUAAAUCGGACAAAACACCAUUAGGCGUUUCAGAUAAUAUAAGAGCCCUAAGCUCAUAUAGAAACCAUAGCAACCAAUUCACAUUCAUGGUUUCCCUCCUUGAAAUAUUUUGGAACUUCCUUCAGGUCCUCGAACAUGAUGGUCGUUUCUUAGACCAUGCUUUUCAUGGAAGAGUUUAAGUGGAAGACCUUGUCUCCAUUCUAAAACAUGACACACACCCGUCUACUCCUGAGGUUAUGUGACCUGGCGUUAACAUAGAGGAAGAGCAGCAUCUCGAUGCAUACAAUAUCCGAGUGGGAAAAAUGGAGUGCAGUGAAUUAUUUUAGCAAUUUAGAGAAAGUGUAGAAUAGAAUGGUUAGAUAACACCAUUUUUGCAGAAAUUUCCAAGAGAUAAACGUGGAGAAAUUUCUUUGCAUGGUCACGGGUGAGGAAAAUAAAAUGUAUUUUUAAAGUUCACACGGCAACCAGGUGGACAAUCAGACAUGGUUUGAUGCUACUCUGAUUUGCAGAUUAAUGAAUGUAACCGAAGAAGUUACAAUUCAUAGACCCAACGUUUCGACACUGUCUAGUGCCUUCAUCAGGGGUGAUCUAAACACUGCAACAAGAGGUCCUUUUAUAUGAUCACUGAUUAGCGGUCUUUUUUCUGACGAGGUGUAAAUAGGCGUCAGGAAGCAAAAGAUAAAAAAAUAAAACACGAGUAAGCAAGCAGAAAUCUUCAGUUAGAGCUAUUUGCUGGAAAUUUUAGUUUAUUUGCAACUUCUCCUUAAUCUUUAACAGGUAAAAAACAGAGAUUUACUUUGAAACCCAGUAACCCAACAAUAGUCUACAAGGGCGAGAAUGUUUCUCUAGAAUGGCGCUAUCAUCAUCCGAGACAUAUGAAGCUUGUUGAAGUUUUCUUUGGAAUUUGGACGAAUCCUCUUUCAGCGGCCGACAAGAGUCUCGUUGCCGUCAACAGCAGUGGCGCUGUUGAAGUGAGAGAGGAGUACAAGUCACGAUUAAGUUGGAAAGUGAACGUAACCUCUUCGGUGGCUGUGUUUGUUCUACACAAUGUGCGACCUGAGGAUGGGAACAAGUAUUAUGGGAUACAUGUGGAGUUUGACUUACACUAUCCACUCAUCGAUACAUUGAAGCUUCAGGUGGAAACAAAAUGUAAGGGCCACAUGGUCUGCGCAGAUUUUGCAAUGAUUACCGAGGGCGAAGCACAACCCGGGGGAAACAUGUAAUAGGGUAGUUUGAUCGUCCGGGUGAGUUUAGUCCUUAGAAGGACUGUUGUCGGUGGUGGUGACUGGCGUUUCGACAACCCGAGCGGACGUCAUCAUGAGAGUAAGGUUGUCGAAACGUCAGUCACCGCUACCGACAACAGUCCUUCUCAGGACUACACUCACCCGGACGAUCAAGCUACACUAUUACAUGUUACCCCCGGGUUCAAACCAUUUACUGUAUUGCCUAUAUUGUUUGUUUUGCUUCUGUUGCUAUUUUUGUCGUUUACUCUCGUCGGUGACGCUUGCCAUUCUUUUUUUGAACACCGCAGAUAUUUCAUUAAUCAAGUUUGUCACAUCUCCACCCCCGCUCAGGAUAGGACAGUCUGUAAGCCUUAAUUGUGUGGCAAACAAAAGUAUGGCUCCUGUUAAAGUCGCGUGGUAUAGGGAACAAAAAGUUUUGGAAAGUGGCAUUUCUGAGGUGGUAGUCACCCGCAACAUCACAUCCGAGGACUUUGGCGAGUAUAUAUGUAUCGCUGAAAACCACGAAGGAGAAGAUAGAAAGAGUGUUUACCUUAGAGGUAGGAUGAAAACAUACAAGUUACUUGGUUAUUUUAGCCUUUUAAAUAAAAUAUUCGCUUGAUAUCUAAUUUUUCACGUCUAAUUUCAGCGAAAUCGUACCUCUUUUGUUUUUAGUAUAAUUUUCGUAAACAGUAGGUAAUAGACCUAAAAUUUGAGACUUGGGUGAAUGGUUGGAAUCUCAAACGGAACUCUUCUAUGUCAAUGAAAUAAACUUUUCAGUCUCCUAUUUUUUCAUUACGUCAGUAGCAGAAAGUGAACCAACAUAUGGAACCACAACAAAAAUUGAUCAGACGGCCUUCCACACUCACUCAGGUAAAGAAUCAUCGUAUUUCUCAGAAAGCUUUGGACUCUAUUCAGAGAUGAUUAAACUUUACCUUACGCAGGGUGAAAUAUUUUAACGUAUCUCCUCUCUGAACUUCUCUCACGAAUACACCUAGAGUCUCUCCGAUUCCGGGAUAGGUUUUGCUUCUAAGUGAGAUUUGUUUUAUCCAAUUCGUUGGAUAUGGAGGGGCCAUCAUCAAAACGGAGUUGACAUGGCAAAACCACCCGCCUGCGUACCUGGAUGUUUUGUAAGCGUAACCGCGGAAGAAGUGGCAAGCCGAAGCUCUGCUUCCCGAUCUGGCAGUUCUGCCGCUUAAAUUUUAAUUGCAGGCAGAUACACUGGUUAUCCAAUUACCAGUUACUCUCAAGAUUGAUUAAAUCAAUCUACACGUUUGACAACUGAAUCAAAGAUGAUCAAAAAACUAUGCAUUUGCAUCUACCCUAGUUUCUUCAUGCCAUCCUUCUAAUAAAAGGCUCCUACCGUGUAAAACAUGAACUGACCCAAAUUAAUUUUUUUUAUGAUUUUACAACAGAGAUUGAAGGAUCAGUAAAACCAUCUGUCUUUGUUGUGGAAGGGACAUUCUCACGGAAAACAGAAGGGUUGGUCGAUGGAUCCUUGGUCGCUAUUAUAAUAGCACUCAGUGUCAGUGUAAUCAUCUUUGCUGGAUUGGGUUGUUUCUUGCGAAUAAAAUGCAAGCCCAUGAAGGAAAAUCCUGAGAGUAAGUACAUGAAAUAUUUCUUGGCGAAAAAGAAAAGGUGUAGUGAGUGCGCCAACAACACAACCAAAAUUUGGGGAUCAACUUUAACACUAAUUUUAAAAAGUUUUUAAAGAAGAAGCUGGCAAAUUAUUAAAACACGAUAAGAAAAGUUUUAUUCAGCUAGAACCACGCAAGUAAACAGAAAAGGGGAAUUCUGACAGCUUUAACGGAUGCCAUAGUACAUUUAGUGGGUUAAUAGAGUUUUCUGACGAUGAUUGAGGAGUAAUGGUCUCUUUCUAUCAAAAUCUCUCCCUUCCACAGGACACCAAGACAGGAGAGGGUGAGUGUCAUUCAUAAAAUGGAUUGAGGCCACUCCAACCUCGAGACCCAGGGGCGGCCAGUCGAUGUGGCCACUCAAGAACGUAAUUAAGUGUGUGGCUGAUUGAUAGAACAGGCAAUUCCAAUGCAAAUAAUUUUAAAGAAAGCUUUCACUCCUCCGUUCAUCACUUAGAUGAAUUAGCAACGCUGUUGAUUAUUUUGUGACUUAAAGCAAGUAAUGCUGCUCAAUUUUCUUCUAGAAUAACAGCUUAUUCAUUUACACCAGAAAUGGAUCUCACGUCUGAAGCGGUAAGAGAUAUUUCAUUAGAGAGGAGUAAGGGAUGUUUCAUUUAGAGCAGUGAUCUGUUAAAAAAUACUACCCUGUUGUAUGAGAAUGGGGUUUGGCUGCACGCGCUACGAACUUUACUAUUAUUUGUACUGUCUUUUAAUUUGCUUAAAAACUCUGUGAUGUGCUCGUCUUUUCCUUUGGUUUAACUCUUUCGACUAGUACUAGUGACGAAUGUUCCAAAUUUGUAGGCCCAAGGUACUGUCGAAGAAAGAACUUCCGUUUUAUUAUCAGAAACACAUUUUGGUAUAGAAGAUACUUCGUUCAUGGCAGAUCAACGAGAGACAUCGAUACGAAACACAGAAAGCAUCUACAAGAAGCCAAGAGCAUCGCAAUGUUUGUUGUUGGCAACAUUUAAACCUGAAAUGAACCCUACAGCUCUUGAAACUAAACCAUACGAGUUACCUACAGGGCCUAAAACAUUUAAUUCUUCCGAGGAAUGUGAAAGGAGUAAUAGUUCAUCUCCAAGAACUUGUCUUUCUGAACAUAACCUUCAACCUUCAGCCGGUUUUGAAAACACAGAGAAUGGCAGAUUAAGCCACGGAGAGACCCCGAUGGUGUGCUCAACACGCCCCCGGCCUAAGCCAAGGAAAAAAUUCAACAGAAAAGCACCAGGAACAUUAUCUGUGGAAUGUUUGCGGAGCAACCCUUUGUAUGAUGAAGCAGGAGUUGAACACUGCGCACGCGCCAAAGUAUCAGAUCAAAUAAAUAUUGACGGCUCCACUCCUCAAACUUUCCGCGAAAAAACGCCCUAUCAAAAUGCAAGCUUGCCAAAAGCCCUUUGCAAGAACGCAGCAUAUCAAAAUUCAUCUCAGCUGCUAACAGCAGUUCAGGUGGAGUCGCCAUAUGCUUUCGUGUUCAGCAACAAAAAAUGGGAAGUUCCAAUUGAUCACUUGUCACUGAUUGAGCGAAUUGGCGGUGGCACAUUUGGUGAAGUGUGGAAGGGUAGAGCACUGGAUGUGUGUGGUACUCAAGGCUGGUCUUUUGUCGCUGUUAAAAUGCUGAAGGGUGCGUAUGAUGCACUUCAUUAUUUUCAAAAUGAGUAACAUUUGUCACUGGCAUGGGACAAGGGGAAUUCAAAGGCCGAUUUGGGCCGGUCGAUUAUUCUAAUAACGGAGGUCCGCACGGAGAGCUAAAGCAAGACCGUUACAGCAAUUACGAUCAGUGUAAUAAAUAAUGACUAGCACUCUUUUCCAGAAACCUUCUCAAAGUCAGACCUGACGGAUUUGUUGUCUGAGUUGGACUUGCUGAAGAAACUGAAGCCUCAUCCUAACGUGAUUCAACUUUUGGGCUGUUUAACCAAGGAUGUUAUUCGAUGUCAAGGAAGGCGCACGUUCAGUAAGUUUCUGUGAUUAGUAUUGAUUAAAAACUAUUGACUAAUCAUCACAUCACACUUUUGACAGAGACGGUGUAAUGCCGCGUAUUGUGAUCAUCGAGGUAGUCCUGAGGUAAAUCUAAGCGUCCUGAUUUGUUCUUACUUAGUGCAUGUUUUGCCAUACGGACCGUUUCCAAAGAAAUAGUCAAAUGCCGCGUAAAUUUGGUGGUGAAAGCUGGCAAAUUCAAAACAGGCAGGUUUGGUGCGAGUCCCAUAUAAUAAACUACUGACUAACCGCACUUGUUCAGCCACACUGCGGUAUUUUGGUCCCCGGUCGUUUUUGCACAGACGUCGCUGCGCUUUGUUUGUACUGCCACAACCUUGGGCCAAUAUUCCCCUGUACGGCCCUCACGCCCGGUAAGUAAGUUGUUAAUUUUACGGCACUGACUUCUUACAACUACUGGAUUUGGAAAGCCUAAAAUGUCAUUGUUUUAUUACAGAACCACCCCUAGUUAUUCUGGAGUUUGUCGCUCACGGAGAUCUUCUUGGGUUUUUGAAAAGAAGUAGAGGGGAGACAGAUGAUUAUUAUGAUUUGAAAAGGAAAGAAAUUCCAAGAAAAAUAUCCAUACAACAACUUUACAAAUUCGCGUGUGAUAUCGCGCGAGGAAUGGAAUUCAUUUCAGCUCAUCAGGUACACGUUUCAACAGAUAUCACAUAUACAAAUGUAUACUCUCCAUCUCGGGUGUGUUUAUUACUAAAGCAAAAACUUAAUGCCGUAAUGAUCUUUAUUUUGCUUAUUUGGUAUGUAUUCGCAAGGGCACCAAUUAUAAAGAGGAAAAUGAUUGGAGCACUUUUAAGGGACCAGUAGUUUUUUUUGUCGCCUGGGGUGAGGGGGGGGGCCCGAAGGAUUCCUGUUGUGGUUUAACAAUAACAUUUAUCAUUACCUGAUCCCCCCAUAAGGCUCUAUAAUAUCAUUUUGACCCCCACUCCUUAUUGGCACCACUGAAAACUAUGUGUCUCCUCUUUAAACCCUCCACCCCUCCCCCCAGGAGAUAUAUCAUGAGUAGUCCCUGAGCGUAGUUAGCAGGAUGCGUGCGGUAGGUUGUACCUUUGCAUUUUAAUCGUUGAGGACGUGAUUUGGUCUCUUUUUGAUAAUCAAAAAACUUUAUCUGAGAAAAAUCAAGGCAGUUUCCGAUUCACUUUCCCACGCACAUCUGAAAAGUUCUAGUACUAAGUCAUUUAGUUCGUACUUUUUCCCCUCAGCUCAUUCACCGAGACCUAGCAGCGAGAAACAUUUUAGUUGGAGAGGGUCUACGUUGUAAAAUCACUGAUUUUGGAAUGGCGAGAGACCUGGGAAGAGGUGAAAUAUAUGUCAGGAGGUCUAAUGUAAGUACGCAUGCUCAGUGACUGCCUUACUCUAAAUUUCGUUUCCACCAGAGCCUGCUCGUUUAUACCCUAAGCCUGCCACAGGCCUUAGCAGAAUGAUCAAAAAGAAACCACCGUAUUGACGCAUUACCUAAUAUACAUCUUUGCAACUCUACAGGGAGUUGUGCCGGUAAAGUGGAUGGCAGUUGAGUCCUUGACAAAACAAGUUUUUACCAUAAAAAGUGACGUGUAAGUUGAUGUAGAAUAUGUUUAGUUGUAGAAUGAACUUCCCAAAACCAAAAUGUUAUUUACCUUACCUUACUGUUUGACCUUCUACUUCUACCGCACCUAAUGAUAAUUAGCCCUCUGAUUUUUUAUUCUUAUCUUCAUAACUAGACUUGACAAACUCGUUUUAUCGACAUUUGAUUUUGUUGUUUCGCUAAGGAACCUGGUUGUUUUGCUCCUAGAGAAUUGUAUCAUGACAUGCAGUCAUAAGUACACCUUUUAUUCGUAAUUUAACCCACUGACUUCUGUCGUUUCUGCUCCAGGUGGAGUUACGGUAUUGUUCUGUACGAGAUUUCAACCCUCGGUAAGUGAGAACAAGCGAUAAAUCAGUAGCAGGUCCUUAAAAAGACCAUACCUUUAUCCUCUCUUGUUCUGACACAUUCUACUUUAUACAUACAUCCUUCCACUAUUACUAGUCUUUUUAGAAUAGUCCUUUAUGUAACGAUCGCAGGUGGAAACCCUUAUGAGGGAAUGAAGGGAGAAGAAGUACUCCAGUACAUUGCAAAUGGUCACAGGUUACGAAGGACCUCAGAAGUCAGCCCAGAAUUGUAGGUGGACUAAUAAAGCACUUUCUUUCUUAAUCUGUAUUUAUCUACUGCGCGCAGCGAGAACUCGGGUGCUGCGAAGUUGACCCAUCGCCUUAAGAUUAGAGGGCGUAACUCACUAAAAUACAGAUUGAAGUAAACUUCUAACAGGAAUAUCGUAGUUCACAUUUAGUGAAAAGUAGAGAAAAAUUUAAGAGGGCUUAUAGCUGUUGAAAGGGAACUUGGUUAUGAACUACCAUUCAAAUGAAGUUUCUAUUUUUAAUUUUAUAUAUAUUGUGCAAUGGUUGACCUAAAUCUCUACACCCUAACAUAACUAUUUCAUAUUUUCCACGAUGCUCUCUAUAUUAUUCCUAUUGUGCUGAGAAAUAGAAGUUGUUGAAAACUCAGGAGGUUCAGGUGAUCAUUUGCUUUAUUCUGAUGACCUUCAUAGCUGAUUUAAGACUGAUAAUGUUAGGAGAAAUUGGAAGCCAGUCACUCUUAGAGGUUAAUGGACUAAAACCGGGGAACAGUUGCAGUUUGAAAGUAGGAGGACCUGCAAUCAUUUCUCACUUGUUUAUCUCAACUGGUCUGUGUGAUUGUUUUGUUUUGUUCCUGUUGUUGCUGUUAUUGUUGUUGUUGUUGUUGUUGUCAGUGUACGUUUUAUCGUUUGUUGUUUAUGCCUUUCUUCUGUUGUAGAUAUGACCUGAUGUUGCAAUGUUGGCAGGAGGACCCUUUCAGGCGUCCAACAUUUGGCGCGAUCGCAUCUUGCACCGAAACUCUUGCUCAAUACCCCUGA